GCCGCUUGUUGUUGUGGAGCUGGCUGUUAUGGCCGGACGAGGCCUCGGACCGAACUGAGAGAGGCAUCCCCCGCCUCUCGUCCUCUUCUUCCCUCCCCGUCCCAGUGCUACCUCCCCGGCCCCACGCACCGCGGGUCUCCGCUGCGGGACAACCGCCACCCAUGGAGGGCACCGACAUGGACGUGGACGCGGAGCUCAUGCAGAAGUUCAGCUGCAUGGGCACCACGGACAAGGACGUCCUCAUCUCGGAGUUCCAGAGGCUGCUGGGCUUCCAGCUCAACCCCGCCGGCUGCGCCUUCUUCCUGGACAUGACGAACUGGAACCUCCAGGCUGCUAUCGGUGCAUAUUAUGACUUUGAAAGUCCCAAUGUCAACACACCAUCCAUGUCCUUUGUCGAAGAUGUGACAAUUGGAGAAGGAGAGUCCGUUCCUCCAGAUACACCGUUCACAAAGACCUGGAGGAUACAGAACACGGGUGCAGAGGCGUGGCCGCCUGGGGUUUGUCUCAAGUACAUCGGUGGGGAUCAGUUUGGGCACGUGAACACAGUCAUGGUGAAGUCUCUAGACCCCCAGGAAAUAUCAGAUGUAAGUGUGCAGAUGCGAAGUCCCACAACUCCUGGCAUGUACCAGGGUCAGUGGAGGAUGUGUACGGCCACUGGGUUAUUCUAUGGAGAUGUGAUCUGGGUGAUCCUUAGCGUAGAAGUCGGAGGUCUCCUUGGCGUCACCCAGCAGCUGUCCUCCUUUGAGACCGAGUUCAACACCCAACCCCAACGGAACGUGCAGGGAGACUUCAACCCCUUCGCCUCGCCGCAGAAGAACAAGCACGACGCCACCGACGACAGCUUCAGAGAACCCGGCGGGGGGUGGGAACGCACACAGGAGCCAAUCCAGCAAGAUCAAAACGGACUGUCUCAUAAUGCUGUAAAUAGGGCCUCAAAUGGACUCCAAACCAAUCUUUCUGUUGUGACUUAUGGUCAGGGUAUUCACGGACCCUUUCCCUUUGGACAGAGCUAGAAUAACAGAAAGAUCCCCCCUCUAUGAUGGAUGAUGAGCUGAACACCUUGGGAGUCCUUAACUUAAAGGAGUUGGAGGGGGGGAGGGGGGGGGGAGUGGACAGUUGUUUUAUAUUGACUCAUGACAACCCUCUCCCCUGUCCAUUGCCCUUUUCCACAGAAACACAAAUUACAGUGAGGUGAUGGAUUGCAUCUGCGACAGUGAAACAUCCCCACCUGACAUCAACACCUGGAUUCGCAUGUGUGAAUGCUUCAUUUUAUGCUUAAAAAAAAAACUUCAAGAUAGAUACACACAACUAUUUUUAUUUACACUGUAAAACACAGCUCAUUAAAGGGAAAAUCAACCUUAAACAACCUUUUCCCACGUCCCUUCAGGGUUCCUACACAGAUCUGAACAUGUUUGGGAAGUCGUUGGCGCACAGUACAAAACAUGAUUUUGAGGCCUUUGUGGGAGAAGUGUGAUCUUUUACUCACCACAUGCGGGUUUUUUAAUAGAUGAGUAUGUGUGUGUGUAUGUGGAGUAUUGCCGGUCUUCUCUGGACGACAGCCUUACACAACUUUCACACACAAACCCGGGGAUUAACGUGGGACGUUAAACAGCUGGUGUGACAACGAGUCUGACCUCACACACCAGCCACAUGGAAAUGCCUGAGUUCAAGAAAGACCACAACAGAAAAGCUCCAGAUAAAUCUAUGUGCUUUUGAAGCAUCUCCUUACAGUAUAUACAUUUCUUACAAGCUUUCACCUCAUUGGACUGAAAAUGGAUGAUUUGAGUGUGUGAAGGUAGAUAAUGUGCCAGUAUAUCUAUAAAAUGUGGGUUUAAUCACCUUGAGCUGACUUCAUGGAAGAACAACUUAGAUGCUGACAAUGGUGACCCUGACACGACGGGCAUCAACAAUCUGUUGUGAACCAGUUGCUGCUGGAAUUUGACACCUUCAGGUCCAAAAAUCUGAUAUAAGUUUACAGGGGUUUAUUUUCUUUAGUGUCUCAAAAGGUUCAAAUAAGUUGUGAUCCAUCUAGUACAGAAUGAGAUGAUAAAUUAGCACAUUGUCAAACUUUGAGGUUGGAAGAUUCUUCUGUCAUGUUUCAAGUAUUCUUGUAGUUUAAUGGAUGUCACCACCAAUAUCCGACUAUGUAUUUUAUUUAUGGCUCAGAAGUUACGGUUGUAACUGGUGUUCAUCCUUAAACCAGUAGCUCCUUGAACCCUGGUUGCUAAGAAUAAUUAUUUACAUUAUUCCGAAGCAUUUAUCACCCAAACAUUUCACCAUUGCCCUUUUUUUUUUUUUUUUUUUUUUUAAACCACCACAGCAGUGCCAGUCUUUCCUGUGACUUCUACAACACUGAGCAGCUCCUCUCUGUGUGGUUAUUAGAAGUUAAAAAAGAACACCAUAUUCAUCAAUGUCAAAAUGUCCCAGCGCUCAGCCGCUAAUUCCAUACAUGACAUUUUAAGCAUGUAAAGACGAUUCCUAAAAUCAUUGCAGAGAGAAUGUGGACGAUCCCUGUGUAGGAACCCAAUCUCUUCCAAAGAUAAAGUCCUGACAACCGAGACACUAAUCUGUGCUGUCAUACAACUACUCAGUCUGCCGCUCCAUUCAGACUGCAUGGGACAGUGUGUGUGUGUGCGUUUUUUUGUUUAUUCUGUUUUAGUUUUUUUAAGGGUGGGUUUUUCGCUUUAAAUAGAUGCUGAAGCGCAAAAAGGUUUGCAAGCGAGUUUGAGCCUGUGAGAUGUGAGAACGCUGAAAAAGCCAUCUAAGUCCAUUUUGCCUGGUGAGUGACUGUGUUCUCUGAAGUCGACGGUGUGUGUACUAGAUGUGUGCGCGUGUGUGCAUGUAUGUUAAUGGUUUCUCUUUGGAUUUAACUGACAUUAAAUGGUGUAUACUACUUGGGCAAAGGAAGACGUGUCUAUUCACACAUGUACGUGGAAACUGAGAGAGCUGUGUGUACCUCUGAAGUAUUUGAAUUAUUCUCCGUCGUUUGGAUGAACCGACUCACUUGUUGCUGAUGUUAUUUAUUUGCUGUCACGUUGUGCAUUGUAGGUGCAAAAAAAAAAAAAAGGAAAAAAAGUCCCAUUUACAGCCAGCAGGUGGUGCUAAAACUCAAACGACCAACUUGUCUGUGAGGAUUCUCGUUCAUCCAGGGUUUGGGCAUCCGGAGCCCUGUUCCCGACCGGGCCUUGCAAUGUGUCCUCACGUGCCCCAGACCCCCUCCGAAAGUGGAUUGAGUGUAUUUAGUAUGCAUGGUGGUUCAGUCAGACCUGUACUUAGUGCUCAUUGUGAAGCAGGUCAGUCAGCCGAGUAGGAGGAAAGAUGCUGGGCAGAUAGAUCAGAUCUAGAGUUGGACUCAGAGGCGUUCUGGUGCCCUUACUUGUGAUGGGAUCACUCGGGAUGGAUGUUUGACAACAGGUCUGAACAGGGUCCGAGACAAAUUGAAUCAAAGGCAACUGGAACCGGUUGUGCAGACGUUUCACCGCUCAACAAAUGGAGCUCUUUCAUUUCUGACUUUGACAACAGUCAUUAGAGCAAUUGAAGUCCCCCCUGAGGCCAAGUGGGAAAGGUUGUUAAAUCUCCCCGGGAAGGGAUGAAAGGAGACGAGUGCAGGUCGGGGAUUAGGUGAUGUUCACCAACUCCUCUCUGCUUUGACGUUGAUGGCCUCCUUCCUUCCAUGUUCAAACUACCUGUCCUCCCUGUCUGCAUGUUGUUUUCAUCGGAGGAUCAUCCCAUAGCCAUUAUAACUGCAGCUUCUUGACCUGAAGAUUUGACCCUCCAUGUUUUUCUCGGCCUGUGCACUCCUCACUACACACUUUAGAUUGGUUAUCUGAGUGAGCCAUCUUUUACAGGCACCAGUUUGUAUGUUUUCAUGUGUCAACACACAUGCACAAAUACUGGUUCAAAUUUACGGUUAUUUACCUUCGGCCUCAGCUGACGAGGAACUUUAACUCAGAGACACCAGCAGCUUUGAUAUCGACUCCCUGGAGGUUUUUCCAGCAGUCAGUCAGACCUGAAGAAGCCCGACAGCUCAAACGUCUUUUAAGCAUCAACCAGGUCCAGUUGCUCUUCGAUUCAACUUUUCACGGGGGAAUGACCAACGUUUACUUGACAUGCUGAGAACAUUGAGAGGAAAAGGUGACAAGCUGUAGUUGGACUGUAGUAAGACAAUUUUAAUAUGAAAAUUAAGGGUUUGCAUCAGCAUUAUAAGCACUGAUGUAUUCUUAUUGCUAUUUGCACAAAGCUCUCCACCACUAAUGCUAAUGAGGGCGAAAGAGGAUUUUUUUUUUUUGGCUUAUUGUUGGGACCUUUCCGGACAGUUUGAUUGGUGAGUUCAAACUUAAUUUCUCAUCAUUUCCCAGCCAUUGGCUUCUUUAUUUAGAUUUGACUGUCCCACCAGAAUUUUUACUUCAAAUUUGCUGUAUGUUGCUUAUGUUAGAUAAAUAAUCUCAUGUAUUUUGGCUUGAAAAUAAAAUUGAAGAAGUUGUUGAUAAACUUAAUAUCUUUUUUAUUUCCUGAGGGGAUAUUUCAUUCAAACAGAAUCGUAAUUUUUUUGCAUUUAAAGUUAUCAAAUUUUCUCCCAGUUGUAAUUAUGAACAUCUAAUUGUAAUUCUCUAUAUUGAGAGUUCAUUGCCUUUAUGAUCGUGUACAUGUGUAAUUCACCAGCAUUCUGUGUUGCAUCUGUCUGUGACUGUGAUGAGUCGGCGGAGAGUCCUCCUCCCAAACAGUAUACACUGUUCUGGAUUGCUUCGUUGAGUCAUGUCACUCUUUUUGUGUGUGUGUGUGUGUGUGUGUGUGUGUAGACUUUCCUCUUGUGAUCUUGCUUGUGUGCAUUUCUGUGUGUGUUAGUGUGGGUGUGAGAGAGAAAGUGACGGAUGGUGAGGAAAUUUGAAUAUUGCUGGAUUCAUUCUCUAGUUUAAGUUAGUGACGAUGUAUGGACUGGAGAAGGGUGGCAUGGUGAGCGGAUAAGAUGAAAGUUUACAUAGUCCUGAAAUAGCACAUUUUAUCUGAAGAGAAAAUGUCAAAAUAAAGCUUUUUUUCCCCCUCUGUAUCUAAAGUUAUGCAUUUGUAUGAUUAAAUUAACACUGAAACAUGAACAA